GAGAGAGGGGAGAAAGAGAGGAGGAGAGGAGAUAAAGCUCGAUGUAAAGGCUGGAGUAGGCUCUUGGGAGGCUUUAAGUGAUCCCAGAACGAGCUGACUUUUCUGCCAAAGUAAAAGGCUCCAGGCAUCCUGCGGCAGCUUCUGUAACCCAUUGUCGCAUAAGAACCUGGACACCUUGACCUUCGCUGGGGGAUCUCCUGUCCUUUGGAAUGGAAACCCUGUCAUCUUUAUACCAACUUAAAGACAUCUUCUAAAGGAAUCCAGCCAGAGCUAUCAGUGUUACCUGAACUACUAAAUUAAACAAGAGGACCCCGUGGCGUAUGUUUUCUUUUCUGGUGAAAUCAUGGGCUUCUCGCUUGAGUAAAUUUGUACCAUAAAAAGUCAUCACUGAGGAGGGGAGGAGUUUCUCCAAGGGGAAAAUACAAACAAACUAACUAAAAACACUGAAACCGUGACCUAAUUUGGAGCUAUGGCAUCUUCGUCUCUUAAACCUGCACCUUCCUUGGUUCCACAACUGGUCUUUCUUGUUGGAGUGCUGCUUGUCGGCCAACCGGGGCCCUCUGGAGUCAGCUGCCAGAAUGAUACUGAGCCCAUUGUGUUGGAGGGAAAGUGUUUGGUCGUGUGCGACUCCACGCCAUCAGCGGAGCCAUCGGGCAAUGCUCUGGGCAUGUCGGUGAGGUCAGGAACAGGUCGGGUGGCGUUUUCAGCCAUACGCAACACCAACCAUGAACCGUCCGAGAUGAGCAACCGCACCAUGACCAUCUACUUCGACCAGAUUCUAGUGAAUGUUGGCAGCCAUUUUGACCCGGCAACAAGCAUCUUCGUGGCACCCAGGAAAGGAGUCUACAGCUUCAGCUUUCACGUCGUCAAAGUUUACAACCGGCAGACGAUACAAGUGAGCUUGGUCCUUAACGGCUGGCCAGUGAUCUCGGCCUUCGCAGGCGACCAGGAUGUGACGAGGGAAGCAGCCACCAACGCAGGGCUGGUGUUGAUGGAGCGAGGGGACAAGGCUUACCUUAAACUGGAGAGGGGGAACCUGAUGGGUGGGUGGAAGUACUCCACUUUCUCUGGAUUUCUGGUGUUCCCCUUGUAAGGUUCGUUUAGACCAUGUGUUGUAUAAAAAUAAAGAUUGGUUUAUUUCCCAGAGCUGAUGGCAUAAAGAGGGAAGCGAUGAUGGGUGAGUUUACGCUGGAAUGUUAGGAUCCACAUUGGACUGCUUAUGAUGUGUAUUGAACUAGCGGGUGAAUUAACUUGACACCAAACAGUCUCGAAUGUAAUCUCCAUUAACCCAGCGCUCUUUUUGGCUUUUCAUCUCUUUCAUAUUUCUGAAUGUGUCUUGAUGGGCUUAUUUAACUCUGGUGAAGCUUUUUUUUUUUUUUGCAUGAAAACUAAAUGUAUCACACGUUUGUUGGCAUUAAAGAAAUCCCGUCUGUUGCUUUGUCCCUUUCAUGCGUUUAUCAACUGUGUUGGUGCUAACUCGCUCAAAUGUUUAGAGGCGUAAUGAAAAGGGUUUUGAGGUGAGCAUCCCCUAGGAUUAAAAGUAUGAAAUAUACUUAUCGUAAUAGACGGGAAAUAAAAAACAAUUGCGCUAAC